AUGUCUGCUCCAGUCACAUCCCAGCCACUUGCCUACAAAUCUUCCAACGGAGAGUUCAAACACGGACUCUUUAGCUGCUUCGGCGACCUCGGAACUUCAUGCAAGGUCUGCUGGUGCCCCUGCCUCGUUCACAAGUCGACACAGGAAGGAAUGGGCCGAGAUAACGGCGGCACUUGCUUGCUCCUCUCCUGCGCUUCUUGCUUCUUCCCUGCCGGAUGGCUGGCAAUCUCAUGCAUUCAGCGACAGGAACUCCGGGAACGACAUGGAAUCGAAGGAGGCAUGAUCGGUGACUUCCUCGCAGUUUUCUGCUGCCUUUGCUGCGCCAUGGUCCAGCACGAUCGCGAAGUCAACCAGAACGAAUAA